AUGAAAUCACUAUCCUGGGAAGAAAGGGGCAUACGUGUUGAUGGAAGAUUUCUUUCAAACCUUCGUUUCGCGGACGACAUCGUUCUCUUUUCGAGCAGUACCAAUGAAGCAGAAACGAUGCUCAACGAAUUGAACGAAGUAGGGAAGAGAAUAGGACUACGAAUAAACAGAAAGAAGACACAGUUCAUGAAGAACGCCUACUGCGAGGACGGAGGAGUACAACUUGAAGGCUCCCAAAUCGUGGAAACUCCGUCAUACGUAUACCUUGGACGUUCAAUGAACAUGGAAAACGACUUGGAGGAAGAACUAAAUAGAAGAAUGAGAGCAUUCGCAGCCGUCAGGGAAGCUACGGACCAACUGACGGACCAAGAUCUUCGUGCCCAUCUGUUCGACUCGACAGUUCUUCCAGCGCUCUGUUACGCAGCGGAGACGUGGGCAGACACCGCGGCCACGUCUAGAAAGCUACUUACUACCCACAGAGCUCUUGAGAGAUGUCUCCCAAAGUUUAACCGGCGCCCACAACACCUAGCCGGUCUUCGUAACUCCGACUUAAGAGGAAUGUCCCGUCUUCGCGACCCAGCGGAAUAUGUGUCGAAAGCAAAGCAUAGAUGGGCCGGUCACAUCAUGAGAAGAAUCGACGAUAGAUGGACUAAAAGAGAGCUAGAGUGGAUCCCAAGGGACGCUAAACGCCCCCGAGGGAGACCGCCAACGAGAUGGGGUGACGUGUUCGCUACACGGAUGGACCAGCUGAGAGCUCAGCUGGAUACGGCUCAAGGACCUCGUCAACGUCACUCACGAAGCUUGAGAACAUCUUGGAUGACAAUGGCGAGGGAACGAAACGAGUGGAAGAGAUGCUGGGGCUCGCACGUCCAGUGA